CUGGCUGUUAAAGGACACGACGAGGACGAAAGACGUUAAGAUGCUUUACUUGCUGAACAUAUGGAACUUUAGACUGGGAUUUAUGGGGAUGCCGAAAUCAAUUCAGAACGAUUUGAUAGCUUCCAUCGCAUCAUCCAUUGAAAGGUGACAUUAAAGACAGAGGUUGGCGCAGCGGAUUUUUUCGUGCUCAAGCAGGCUUUCCACUUCCCUUCUGUAUUUAUUUAGCAAAGAGGAUAACACAAAAUCACUCCGGACAGACACAAGAAAAAAACGAAUGACGUAAAUGUUGCAGCAGCCUAGGCUACACCGAAGCAUUAGAGAUCUGACUUGCUGUAUGGGAUGAAAAUGAGAGUAUUUUUCAGUCUGAUCAACUGUAGUCUACUAAGAACAGCAGCUGCAUACAGCCUACGCGCCCAGUACAUCUGGUCAGGGUAAACUAAUUGGUAACGUUGUGUAUUUAUAGUCCAUUUGUGUGUCAGGAGAAAAUGUGAAUGUGAUCAAAUUUAGCUUAUAUUCAAACUAUACGUUUUCAAUCCAAAAUGAUUAACUGGAAUGAAUCAAUCAACAUAAUAGUGAUGACAGACGUGAGUACAUUUUUAUUAGGCCUACAGUUGCAUAGGCCUGCGUGAUGCAAACAAGCAUAAAGAGAGCUCCCCCUGUGACUUCUAUUGUCUAUCAGUUGUUGUCUCUGUGUCUGGGUAGAGGAAAUCCCCCUCUUAAUAUAGUCUAGAUAUAAUGAAUAUGAACAAAUAUAAGGUAGCUGCAGUUUGACAUGGGUUCCACCCCCCCCCCCCCCCCCCCCUUCCCAACACGGUGUGAGUAGCCCUCUCAUUCCCACUCCCCAUCAUUUUGUACUACAAAUGUCUCCACUGAUGUACAUACAGUAGCUACCUCAACUUCCUAUUACCACCCCCCUGCACAUCGACUCAGUCCUGGUACUCCCUGUAUAUAGCAUGUUAUUUUUUAACCCUUAUUGUUUUGAGUUAUUCAAUGUGUAUUUAUUCCUCGUCAAAAUGUAUAUUUUUUUAUUUAAUUUUGUAUCUUUAUCUUUAACUCUGCAGAAAAGGACCUGUGAGGAAGCAUUUCACAAAUCAUGUGACAAAUACAAUUUCAUUUCAUUUGAUGAUUCUAACCUCUACUGUCUCUCACGCUCUGUCAACUCUCCACUUCCCUUUUCUAGUAAUUCAACAUCGGUACUUUUUCUCGAUCGGUCUCUCAAUUGGUUUCUCUUCUGAGAAUGGACACCACUACACAAAUGCAGCUCAGAACGAGCUCCCUCCUCCAUACUACUCUGUUGAGUUGCACACCCUCCCGCCCCUCCAGUCCUAUGAAGAGCUAGUCUAUGGAGCGGGUCCAAGGCACACUCCUCCCAACCAGCUUUACUACAUCCCCCAGCAUCCCCCACCAGUGGCUGCACAGCAUGUCUGCCAGCCCAGUAUAUCUCUUUCUAACAAGAAGAAGAACGGCAAAUGCUGCCACCGUGGUGCCAAGUGCUUUGGUGGGUCAGGAGGCAUCGUUCUGCUGCUCCUCCUGGGCCUUGCCAUCUGGCUCGGAGUGCGUUACGGUACCAGAUUGGCAACUGCGGCUGUCACCCUCAACCACCAUGACAGUGAGGAUGGGGGGCACUAUGAGAAGCAGUUGAGCGUGCCCGUUCAUGACACCUGCUCCAACUCCACCGUCCAAUGUGACGGUCUGCGAGACUGCCGACUGGGCACCGACGAGUCCAACUGUGUGAGGUUUGGGGCGGACGGUGCUCUACAGGUCAGAACGUCUCAGGACGACCGUUUCCUCCCAGUGUGUUACCAGGGAUGGGACCAGAGCUACGCCAACCGGACCUGUGCCCAACUGGGCUUCAGAAAGUCCUUUGCAACCAAGGCCAUGAAAUCCCAGCAGUCCAUUGGUCUAACCCUGAACAACAGAUCGUCUUUACCCAUCCAGGGCCAGGUCAGCGUCGGCUCUUCCUGCCCUGACCAGAAUACGGUCUCUCUGAAGUGUAUUGAUUGUGGACGUCAGCAGUUGACCUCCCGGAUCAUAGGGGGCACUGUUGCCAAACUGGGCCAAUGGCCCUGGCAACUGUCUCUACACUUUGGUAGAUCACAUAUCUGUGGAGGGGUCCUGGUGUCCCCUGACUUUGUGGUGACAGCUGCCCACUGCUUCCCCAGGUUGUUCCCCCAGUUUCUUGACGCCAGUAAGUGGCUUGUGUACGGAGGAGUGGUGUCUCAAGACCAGCUUCCUUCUCCCUACCUCGUAGAGAAGAUCAUUGUGAAUGAGAACUACAACAACGUAACCAACGACCAGGACAUCACCAUUCUGAAGCUGGCCUCCCCAGUGGUCUUCACUGAUGCAGUUCAGCCUGCCUGUUUGCCAGCCUUUGACCAGACAUUCCCCCGUGGAACCAAAUGCUGGAUCUCGGGCUUCGGAACAAUAGAUGAGGGAUCAGCGAAACUCUCCAAAGCCCUGAUGCAGGUGACCGUUGACAUCAUCGAAGUGCGUGUGUGUAACAGCUCCAAGGUAUACUCUGGCAGUGUGUCCAACAACAUGCUGUGUGCCGGUGAUCUCAAUGGGGUCAGGGACUCCUGUCAGGGAGACAGUGGUGGUCCUCUGGUGUGCCAGACCAGUGACAACCUUUGGCAGCUGGUGGGCGUGACCAGCUGGGGCAGUGGCUGUGGGCAGAGUAACAGGCCGGGAGUCUACACCAAGGUGUCCAGCCUACUGCCAUGGAUCUACAGCAAGAUGCAGCUGGAGAAUCCGUGAUGUCACUUCAUUUCCAUUGACCUCACCACAUGCUCUCUAAAGACCGCUCGCAGCCUGCUUUCUCGUUCCUCUCGGAACAUCACACCAUGAAGUCCUAUACCAGGAAGACAGACAGACGGGCAGACGGACGGACAGAAGGACAGACGGACAGACAGAUGAAAAGAGGAAAGGGUGGCCAAUAGCUAGGGGUGUGCCAGGAAAGGCCUAUUGCAACACCAUUCGUUCUUGUGUUCUUCUUGUUCCUUUACCAUACCUUAAAAUCACAAAAUGCAUUACUGUAUUUAUGCCCGACGCUGCUACACUGUGUAUAAUAUGUGAAUCUACACCAAUACAUUCUGUUCCCUGAUUCCA